CGCACCGUGCAGAGAUGGGCCCAACUUUGCCGGCCUAAACAUUAUUCCGGUUCCGUAACGUUCAAUGAAAGUGACCCCUUUCCCACUGUUGUGACUUAAGGAUGACCAGAUGUAGGUGAUUUUGACAAAAAAAAUUUACGUGACAGUGUCAGCCGAAAGUGGCCAUCUUCAAAGGAUUUUCCGAGUAUUCUGCAGGAUUCUCCACGUCAUGGCCCAGCACACGGGCGCACAUCAUCGCCCAUGGUGGGCAGCGGUAUUACUAAUGAUUAUGGUACAAAGCGCUCAAGGUCAGCAGUGUCCCUGGGCGGGCGCUGCUACCCUGCAGGCAUCCUGCGUUUGUGCCUUCAACCUCGCUAAAGAUCUGUCCGUCCAAUGCGAUCAGGUUGAUUUCCAAGCUCUUAUCGCAGCACUCAACAUCAGCGCCCGUAACAUAGAAAUAGACUUACUAUACAUAAACAACUCCACUAUCCCAGCACUUACCAACAACAUGUUUUCAAACCUCAAGAUACAUAAUCUACAGAUAUCUGGAUGUAAAAUAAGGAAAAUUGAAGAUGACGCCUUCAGAGGGCAAGGACCUUAUUUAAAAAAUUUAAAUUUGCAAGAUAAUGAGCUCACCGAGGUACCAGUAAAGGCCCUGAAAAUAUUGAUCAACCUCUCUUUGCUAGAUAUAUCUAAAAACCGCAUAACACAAAUUGAAAACCACGCCUUCAUUACAUUACGAAAACUAACAACUCUGAAGAUAUCUGACAAUAACGUUACAUUAGCAUCUCAUGCUUUGUCAGGAUUAGAAAAUUCUUUAAAAAACUUAAAUCUAAAGGGCACAAAACAGAAGAUAGUUCCUGGAUGUAUUAAAAAUUUGAGGAGUCUUGCUUUCCUUGAUCUGUCUCAAAACAGCAUUCGGGAAUUACCAGGACCUGAUGGUAGUAGCGUCUUUGAAGGAUUAAACUCUUUAACGGCUCUGAACUUGGAGAGAAACUUGUUAGUUCAACUUCGAGAAGACGCUUUUGCAGGAGUCAAACAUUCGUUAAGUUCUUUGAGUCUUCUGAACAAUCUGUUACCAGAAUUUCCAACGGCUGCAAUAAGCACUUUGACAGAACUGAAAGUAUUGGAUAUAGGGUUCAAUUUGUUAAAUAAAUUGCCCACAGAUGCAUUAUUAAGAAAUCCUUCAAUAACAUUGCUAGCGUUGGACGGUAACCCUUUGCCUACAGUACCAGAGGAAGCAUUUGUUCAUUUAAAUCACACAUUAAGAGGUUUGAGUUUAGGAGGACGAUUUCUUAACUGUGAUUGUCGACUACGUUGGAUUAUUGAAUGGAUUCGCAGUGGAGAACUGCAAGUGACUUCUCGCGAGAGAAAUCCUCAAUUUUGCGGCAACCCACCUCAAUUCCGCGAACGAGGCUUUUACAGCUUCGAACCGAGUGAGUUAACCUGCGAGCAUGAAAGUACUUUAAAACCGGCUGCGCAUUCUGCAGCUACAAACGAGCCAAACAACUGGAAAACUACUCAGACGCCCUCAUCCACUACCAUCGCUCAAGUAACUGAGAGUUCAACUACUGCCCCAACAGUGCCUGUUACAAACAGUGAAGCAUCCAAGCCUGCUAUAUUGCAGACAACCACAAGUACCGUUAGACCCAGUCGUGUGCCAUCUUUGCGGCCAGCAGCACCGACCUGGCGGCAUGCGCCACACCAACGGCCACCACUCGUCAUGAAUUUCCCACAACAAAAACGAAAAGUCGACGAUUCCAAUGAAGUAGUUGUAAAGAAUGCAUACAGACAAGACAAUUCCGUCAUCAUCCAAUGGGAUUCCGAUGUGGCAAACAUUCUCGGCUUCCGCGUCGUAUACAGACUGUUUGGUGACAAAAGCUUCAAACAAGGACCACCGCUAGAUGCUAGCGAAAGAGAAUUCAAAAUAAAAAACGUCCCUUCUCAGGAAUGUAUCGUGGUCUGCGUAAUCUCCCUGGAGGAAGUGGAUGUGAGUCCUGAGUCGGUGCCGUACUCCCAGUGCCGAGAGGUGCGUACGGUGUCGGCGGCGGCGUCUAACAUGGACAAGAUUACGAUUGCUGCUUCGGCCGCCAUUUGCGGCACCAUUGUAGUGGCCGUGCUGGUGUUCGCGGCAGCGUCGCGACGCCGCUCGCGCACCGUGCAUCGGCUACACACGCAACUACCGGAAAAACUACCUAAUCCGUGCUGCGGUGGACUGACCGGCACGCCGAGCCCCAGCGGUCCACUGUCUUCACUAGCCACUCUCGGCGCCUUCGGAAAGCAGCGUGAGUGGGAUCAAGUGUCAGCUUAUAGCGCACGUUCGAUCCCGCGAGCACGAACUUACACAGAUCCGGCUCCCGUGGACCCGCUGCCCGGUCGGCCCGGACGCGCGCGUUCGCUCGCUGACGGCCAGUCGCAACACAGCUACUCGCAGUCGGGCCGCUACGGCGUGCCCGGCUAUCCGGGCAGCCUCCUCGGAUCUAGAGCCGAUCUUCGGCAAUCUCGACAAUCUCUGGGCGCGGCAUCGGAGCGCGCUUCACGCCUGUCCCUAAGCGGCGCGGCGGGAGGCGCUACCGGCGGCACAGCAGGCUCGCGGCGGCGUCCAAGGUCGCGCUCACGCCCCGCCAGUAGAUACAGCGUAGGCUCCCUUGGAAUGGGGUACUGUGACACCUCAGAUAACUGGACCGACCACGACAUGGAUAUCUAUAUGGCGCGGAAUCCGACGACGCGUGGUGGACUGGUCCCGUUAUAGCGCGCGAGCGGGGCGGCGCGACGCAGCGCGGGUGCGACAGGGAGGGGCGCGGGGACGUUGAGUGCGCAUUUCCCGCCAGCACUGAGGGACGUGACCUGCACUACGUGCUCCGCACAUGAGCGGCCACAUGGACACGGACACGGGCACGCGCGCGCGCACCGGCACCACCGCCGUCGCUCCGCCGCAACUACCGGCGCCACACGAUCUGGCUUGGCUGCGCGCGCCGACCCUACCUGGGAUGCUCUCAAAGGAGCAGGUAAAUCCGGUCGCAGUCGAUGACUGAUGUUGUAUGUUUGUAGUGUACUCUUACGUUAAAGACGUUCUCUAACAUGUGUAACACUAAAUUGCAUAGGCGACAUCGGCGUUAAUUUUCAGUUAUUCCCCGCUAAAAUAGCGGGUUUAUUCAUUCCAUAACGAAUUAGUGCAAUAAUGCAAAUAGUACUUAGGUUAAGAGAUAGGCAAUUACAUUAGGUGUUCCCUCUUAACCGAUAUUUUGAGAGGAAACAUCUUAAUAAAUAUUAGAACAGAGUAAUUCAAAUAUUUCAUUAAAAACGAUAAAUAGCUUGAAAGUUAUUUAUUCGUUUCGCUGCGGUGCUAUAGCGACAGGUUUGGUUAGUGAAAACUAGUCACAAAAUGUUUUCUGUCCAUGAGCAUCAAUGAAUUAGCCACAUAAUCUAUUAAAACCUAUAUGCAAAUUUGACUAUUUUGUACUAAGUAGACACUCAAAGUGUCAAAUAUUACCACUGAUAAUAUAGAUUUGUUAAGUAUAUAUUUGUUUUUAUUAUUAGUAAGUUACUUUUUAACAUGUAUAAUUAUUAAGUUCUAAAAGUUGUAUAUAUUAGAUAAAAAAGUUUCAAAUUAUAUACAAAUAAUAUUUUAUAGUAUC